GCUUCCCCGUUCUUGUUUCGACAGUGAACUUCCUCUCAACCAUCUCUGUACUUGUUCAUCAAUAACAAUGUUGUAAUAGUCUCAUGUGUUAUGGCUCGGAGGCUUCAGAUUGUUACAGAGAGCUCACCAGAUUGUUAGCGUCAUAGCAGCAGCCCGACUUCCAGCUUCGUUCCAAAAUUACGAAGGCCUCUUUGUUGCCGUCCGUUCUGCGCCAACAGGUUCAUGUAAUACGAAUCGGAAAAGGCUCUCCAUCAGGCCUUGCCUCUCGCACGCCUGAAACCAUUAAAGCAAUCUAAUGGCACAGUAAACCGAGCAGGCUCUAUGCCGGAUAUAUAUCAAGCGGGCGAAUCUUAAGAUCUCCCUGCUUGAUGACCCCAAAUGUUGUUCGGUCCUAGAUCUCGACGAUCCAUGCGGCUUUACGAGAUGAAGACGGGACCGCUGGCGUGGUUUUCACACCGGGUCAACGAGCAUCGUCAGCUGUCUGAGCCGUUAUGCUGGCAUUUCGGUCUAUUGAUUCAAUACCGGUCGCAAAAAAAGUGGUAAUGAGCAUUCCUAUUGGAUUACCCUGUACUCACUCUCUAAUGAUAGCGACAUAGCGUUACAAAGUAUAUGACGGGUUGAGCGGGUUCUUGGAGAUGGAUAGACUAUAAUAUCUCAUUUUUCCCACUAUUUUACCCCCUUUUCUAGUGGCACUGAGGUAGGAACGAGAUGACCCACUCAACACUUCCUUCAGACCGAAGCACACUCUCUGCUUCUAACUCUAAAGCUCCCUCUAUCGCUUCAAUUGCUCGUGAAGAUAUUUUUGCAGUCACCGAGACUGUGAAAGAACCGACUCUUCAUGACGAUCACAACGCAGACAAGGACCGGAUCGACGAUCUGUCCAUUUAUGCCUCCAUCAAGGAAGACUCCUUCGUCGAUGCUGACUUCCUGGUGCGGUUCGACGAGAACGACCCAGAGAACCCGUUAAACUGGUCUUUGACGAAGCGAUGGGUCAUCACCCUUGUGGCCGCUUUCCUCAUCCUCAACGCAACCAUUGCCAGUUCGGUCCCCGCAGGAGUUCUUCCUCAAAUGCAGGUUCAUUUCGGGUUCUCACGCGAAGUUGGAGCACUGUGCUUAUCACUCUUCGUACUCGGUUUCGCGGUCGGACCCAUUCUUUGGGGACCUAUGUCGGAAGAUUUUGGCCGUCAACCCGUGUCACUGAUUUCUUUUCCACUCUUUAUCGGUACUCAAAUCGGAUGUGCACUUUCACCCAAUACAGCAUCCAUCCUAAUUUUCCGGUUCUUAGGUGGUGUGUUCGGCGCUUCUUAUUUGACGACUAGCGGUGGCAUAAUUGCAGACAUGUUCGAUGGCAAACUUAGAGGCCGAGCUUUAGGAGCAUUCUCACUUGCUCCAUUUGCCGGACCCUCGCUUGCACCGCUAAUUAGCGGUUGGAUGUCCGUCGCUGGUGUCGGAUGGCAAUGGGUCUUCUGGAUGCAAAGCAUAUACGGCGGUGUUUGUCUCUUUUUGGUGCUAGUCGCGCAACCAGAAACAUACAAGCCAAUUCUUCUGGUCCACAAGGCUCGCCUCAUGCGCAAACAAACUAAAGAUGGACGCUGGUGGGCUCCACUGGAAAGGAAACAUCACCCGCUUCCGCAGAGAAUCCAAUUGAUUCUGACCCGGCCAUUUCAAAUGCUUGCUACUGAGCCUAUGCUCGUGGCUCUAACGGUCUAUCUGAGCUUCGCGUAUGGCGUAAUAUACCUGCUAUUCGAGGCCUAUCCGAUCGUCUUCACCGUCGGUCAUCAGCUCAACGCGGGCAUUUCUAGCUUGACAUAUUUACCCGUGCCCAUCGGCGGAGCCAUGGCCUGCAUUCUUUAUUUCAUUUUCUUCGACCCCAAGUACCAACAUGCAGUCGAAACAUACCAUCCUUUACCGCCGCCCCCGGAGUAUCGUCUACCCACCAGUUUAUACGGUUCUGUCCUAAUGCCUAUAUCCUUCUUCUGGUUCGCUUGGACAUCAUACCCAAGCAUCUCGUUCUGGGCCCCGAUGAUGGCGGGUUUGCCAUUAGGCAUGGCCGUUGUGUUGCUCUACCUCGGGCUGUACAGCUACAUGUUCGAUGCAUACACGAAUUACGCCGCUUCUGCAUUAGCUGCGACCGUAAUCACCCGUUCGUUCUUCGGCGCAGGAUUCCCGUUGUUUGCGACGCAGAUGUACGAGAAACUCACACCGAGAUGGGCUUCGACAUUGCUGGCCAUUGUGUCCCUCGUGAUGGCACCGGUACCAUUCGUAUUGCAAAAGUACGGCCCUACCUUGCGAGCGCGGUCGAAGAAUGCACCUCAGAGUGUGCGUUCAGUUGGGAUGAAUCGACGGCUAUCCAAGGAGCAGUCAGUUUGAGGAAUUGAUCAAACAAUCUCUCCACGAAUACUUAAAUUUCCUCACAUAAGUUUAUUAAGUAUUAGUCCAUUCUAUGUACUUACCUGUAUGUUCAACUCAAUUUGUAAGGAGACAAGUUAUCGUAGUGUUAUAACGCGUCAUGCAUCAAAAGAACGCGAGCCAAACAGAGCUAAAUAACGCGCUUUUGGUUAAUGCG